AUUUCAAUGCGGCUUCAAAAACGGGCAACGAAAAAGAGGAGAAAGAUGAUUCGAUUUUCACACAGGGACAUCAAAAUGCGUUUGACGGUGUACGCGGGCAAAGGUUUGAAGUAGACCUCGAAAAUAUGAAUAAUGACAGAACUCAUGUGCCAGCGAUCAAAAAAGUAUUGGAUAUGCAUUCAUAUCAAACAGGGAUAGUAGGUGCAGUGACCGAGAAAUCAAUCAAUGAACCGGUAUUAGCGCCAAAGAUUUCUGAUGCUAUUGCGCCAAAUGAAGGGUUUCCGAAACCAGUUCACAGAAGUCUGUUCAGGCGAAGGAAAGAUCAAGAGCAAAAAGAAAAUGUCGACAUCACCGGAAGUAGCAAUGAAGUUGAAUCAGAAGUAUAUACCCAUAAGUUGUCAGCAUCGAGUCAACUAAAUAAAGACACAAGAAUAUUUGAAAGCGAUUAUUGGGACAUCGAUCAAGAAAAUAACCGCAAAAUCGCUAGCAUGUCUGAGGUCGAGAUUCAAGAGACCGUAGAGAUGUUGCGAAAGUCUUUGAGCCCAGGAUUUGUGGAAAAGCUGAUGAAGGCUAGACCUCUGGUGGAAAGAGUGAAGGAAGGGUCAGCUGCCGAAAAAAAUGAUAAAGACAUACGUGUACAAUUCAAAGAUGCCGAAGAUAUGGAAUGCGAUGAUGAUAAUUCCAUGCUCAUCAGGAUGAAGGAAAAGUACUUUCCUGAUGUUCCUUUCGAGCCAGAAAAGAUGGAAUGGAUGGGAGUCAAAUAUAAUAAAGAGACGACUAAAUCAUCUUCGUUUACAGUUAGCACGGGCACAAGUCCAUAUGCUGCCGGUCCUUUAGACCCACUGGUAGCGUCUUUUAGGUUCGAUUUCAGUGGAAAUAUCGUGGAUAAAGAUGCUGAUGUUCCAUCUUACUUAGGUCUCCAUCAUCACGGAGACGAUCCGGAUCAAGCUGGAUAUACAAUUAGUGAACUACUUCAUUUAACACGAAGCACGGUUCCUAGUCAACGAAUAAUUCCUCUGAAUGUAAUUGGGCGCAUUAUGAAGAAGGUUCGACAGAGAGUGUAUGGCGAGGAAAACAGUGAUGAGGUUGCGAAUUGGGCGAUGAAAAUGAAACUGCCGGUUUAUUUAAGAUCCGCUCUGGAUGAUUCUUUUGAACCAGUGGUCGUUGCCGCCGUGGAUGCGAUCGCUGCAUUGACCAUUGGAUCACACGAGGAAGAAAAGCUUUGGGAGGAUUCAUUUCGAUUGUAUCGUGGAUACGAAACGGUGGCUUUGAGGCGGAGUGCUGUUUCUUCAAAAAGACACUUCGGGAUGGACAUUUCGGAGACUGAUAAUAAUGACAAUGAACCUAUGAGCACAACGGAAAGUCACGUUAAACUUGCGUCAAAGGAUCUAAUCGCAGGACUUAUUUCUAUGGACACGACUAAUAGAUUCCGUUAUCUAUUGGAGGAAUUUCACCUGCCGAAAAUCACCAACGAACAGAUCCUACUUAUGCUCAUUCGCUUUUCGCGUCAUUCGCAUAAAUCUGCCAGGUUGAUACUCCAUUCUCCUCGGCUAUUGGAAGUAGUACAUGAGAAGUUCAUUUCUUUGCCUUGGCCAAUAUUGCACACGAGCGAUGAGGCCGUACAAUCCAAGUUUCCUAGUUUGGCAGCAGCAAAGCUAAUUCGUGUGCUGUGUCAGUCUUCAAGGAAUAUGAGUAUCGAGAUUAUGGAAAAAUAUGCGGACUCGUUCCUUAGAUAUGUCUUGGUUAAUCCAGCUUCUUUGUCGGACGAAUCAGAGAUGAUUAUUGGUUAUGAAUUCCUUAAGGAGACUCUGCGUAUCUAUCAGACUCUCGCUGCUUACGGAUUAUAUCGGGAGAUAUUUUCGCGGGCUUACUCCGUCCUAAAUGAGUACUUUAUUAGGGAAAUAUUGUAUUCGCUUACUCCACCUUGGGAAUGGGAUGAUUCCGAAAUCUAUCAUAAGCAGCAAAAACUUUCAAUCGCGAUAUUAUUCUUUAGGCUAUUGGAAACAUGGACGCGAGUUCAAAAUACGAGAGCCGGCGGCAAUCAAAAAUCCGAUGCACAACCAAGUGAGUUUAUUAAAGAUUCAGUUGACCUUAUGGCCAGAUGGAUACCCUCAUUUCCCACCGCUCUCGUGCCACAGGGUGGUGAGGAGAUUCCGGUGGAUUAUGAGCUGGCCUUGAAUUUGAUGUCAAGUAUUGCUAGAUAUGUUUCUUCUUGGUGCCGACAUCUAAGAGAACAUUCUCUGAAGGACACAGGCGAAAUUCUGAGGAUUUGGGAAGAAUUAAAUAUGGAACGUUGGCAUGAUUCGACUCUAUGCUACUUUCUGCGAAGUCAAAUGGUCAACCUCACUACGCAGGAGUUGUACAGUAAUAUUUGGCAAAUAUCAAAUUUACCAGGAGCUUACCACUCCUCAACACUAAAACAUUUAUCGAGAUCAUUUUCCUCUUCUGUAAUUUUCGACACAUUUUUGUCGUUCAUCUCAUUGAUUCGUCAAAUUUGCGAACUAUUCCCGCAAAAGGCAUUCCUGGAAAAGGCGUUGGAUGUGGUUGGAUCAAGUUUUUCAGUGGAAACAUUACAAUUAUGUAUUUUGAGGAGUCCGACGAAAGCAGAAUGGGUCGCUUUCUUUGACAGAACACGAUCGUAUUUAUUGAAUGAAUGGAUAUGUAUAUUCAAAAUGUUGAUUCGUGAUGUUAUCACGGGCGAAAUGAAAGUUUAUUAUUCGACGAAGGUUUUACAGGCGGCCUUUACCUCUAUGUGCAAUAUACCACCUGGUGAUGAGUCAAUUGCUUCGGAGAUGCUCGAAUACAUACUUGAGGAAAUAUGCUUAAGUACCUCGGAUGUUGCGUGGGCAGAGGAAAUCAAAGAGUCACUGGGAUCAUUUUACAACGAUCUGAUCAAACCAAUUUUCGUUAUUGACAACCAAGGAGACGCAUACCAGCAAGGUGAUAAGACUUUAAUGUGGAACUAUACCGGUGAUCGUGGUGGUCUGCCCUUGUCAAGAGGAUGGAUAUGGGCACCUAUAGAUGCAUUAUAUAUUAAGAAUCCGAAUUUGGUGAUGGAUGAGGAGGUUCGGAUCGAAGUAGUUCGUAAUUGCUUGGUGUUGGUUUGGGAGGUGAUGAAAAUAUGCGAUGGAUUCAAGAACCCAAUGUUUUCAAAGUACGUCGUGGAUCCCGCCAUAUUAAUGGUGUCCAUAAUGAAAGUUUUCAUGAUGAGUGGUGAACUUUAUGAUGUUCCUAGAAUUAAGUUGUGGAUCGAGAAGUUUUUUGCGAAAUUCUCUUUUCGUCAAUCAGUCGCCGACGACUUCACAUCAAUGGUUGGUCCCAGUGGGUUUCCUGAAAAUCUUUCAAUGGAAAAAGCUACCGAAGAGGUCCUCAAGAUACCAUUUUAUCAAUUUUUCUCCGAUUUUACGGGUGUUUACGCCGCCGAAUCAUCUGGCAAUAAAUUAUUUGCCCAGCUGAUUAUAUUACCAUUAUCAUCUAUCUAUCCGACCGAUUUCAAGCUAUUGGUUUGGAGUGAUCUGCACGACGUUUUGGGCACGAUCAGCAUUGAUCAUUGGGACGUCUUAUGUAUCAAUUCAACGUUGGUCUCAUAUUUUUGGCCUUUGGAAUCAAGCACAGCAGUAUUACAAUCGUUCGUGAAUGCCAUUCUUCACGACAAGGUUACACGCGAGAAGACACCAUUUUUAUAUUGGAUGGUCAUUCAUCAUCUGAAUGGGUUUGUUUUCUUGGAACAAAUAGACGAGGGAAAGGACGAGGAUAUAAAUUAUCACAAAAGACUUGAGAUAUCGAAGGCAGUGGUCAAGAGUGCAAGGAAAGAAGUUGUUAAGGAUUAUCUGAUGUACACGUCAAAGAAUUUUGACGCAGAAAUUUUGCGUCUCGAGUUAUUCGCGAAAGUUGUUUCAUUUUUAAAUAGUGAAAUAAUCGCCUUAUCCAAUCCAAAGAGGGCCUAUAAUUUAUUGAUCGGGAAAUUCUUUGGCACCUUACUCCGUACACGCUCCUUUAUUUCGAAACUUGGAUCGACUGCUUCAAACGAAGAAAAUGUCCGCGACGCAUCUAUUAGGAUUCUUCAGAUGAUUGACGGUAUCUUUCGACGUGGCCUCUUUCAUCAAGAUCACGUUUCUGAAUAUGCGUUGCCUUCAAAGUCUGCACAAGAGAAGGAGCACGAGAGUAAGGUCGUUAAAAAUUAUCACGACCAGUUGUUUGACAAGCUUACCGAAGAAGUUUCGGGAGGAGGUGGUGGACAGAAAUUGAUCGUGAUGGAGAUUAUUCCCCUAUGGUUUGGCUAUUUUAUCGAAGAGUCACGCCGCGAAUCCGGGAAAGGCCAUACAUUUCCAGGAUACCCUAAAAUUUCCCAGGAUAAAAGUCGAACGUUGGAAUUUAAUUUCUUCUGGGAUCUCUGGAAUAUAAUUAUUCAACCGAUUUCAAAUUCAAUGAAAGCUUCUGAUUCAAAGAUUCUCUUUUCCACGCUUGCCGAUUUAUUAUCCGAGCUUUUAUCUUUCAACGUUUAUCAAGCGAAAAAUGAUGACAUAUCUGUCCGACAAAGGGAAUGUCUUAAAAAAGCUGUGGAAUUUUUAAUUUUACAAGCAACCAAAAUGAAAGGCAAAGCCGAUAUUUCAAGGUCACUUGAAAUAUUGUUGCAAAUUGAACACGACUUGGUAAAGCCCCACGUCACCUCCAUAUGGGAUUUCAUAUUAAAGGAUAACAUCGAGGCGACGGAGGAAUCCUUGUCUUUGGCCAAAAGGAUUCUGGAAAUCUUUUCCAAGUCUCACGAGAUGCAUCAUUUCAUCGACAGUUUUUGUUUGGCACUCAAGGAUACGGAGAUUGAAGCCGAACACGUGUUAAGGAAUCCUUUGUUCUCAAGGGAAUUCUUGGAUGA